AUGGCGGCAGCGAUUGCCAGCUCCCUCAUCAGGCAGAAAAGGCAGGCGAGGGAGCGGGAGAAGUCUAAUGCCUGCCGCUGCGUUAGCAGCCCCAGUAAAACCAAAGGAAGCUGUGAAAAACCCAGCCGACUGAACGUUUUCUCACGGGUCAAACUCUUUGGUUCCAAGAAGAGGCGAAGGAGACGACCAGAGCCCCAGCUGAAGGGGAUAGUGACGAAGCUGUACAGUCGACAAGGUUUCCACCUGCAGCUGCAGGCAGAUGGAACCAUUGAUGGAACAAAAGAGGAGGACAAUGGUUACACCAUGUUCAACCUUAUUCCAGUGGGGCUGCGAGUGGUGGCCAUCCAGGGGGUGCAGACCAAACUCUAUCUGGCUAUGAACAGUGAGGGCUUCCUGUACACAUCAGAACACUUUACACCAGAGUGCAAAUUCAAGGAGUCGGUGUUCGAGAACUAUUAUGUGACAUACUCCUCCAUGAUAUACCGGCAGCAGCAGUCGGGCAGGGGCUGGUACCUCGGUCUGAACAAGGAAGGAGAAAUCAUGAAGGGGAAUCAUGUCAAGAAGAACAAGCCAGCAGCCCACUUCCUACCCAAACCUCUAAAAGUGGCGAUGUACAGAGAGCCAUCUCUCCAUGACUUGACAGAGCAGACACCACCAAUAAAAACAGCUAGGUACCAUCCUGGUCAAUCAUCAUCAAAAAAAAAGCAUCAAUAGUAAGAAACGUAACAGCACAUAGAUCAUUCUGGAUUUUUAAAAAACGAAUGAAAAAUUUUGUUUUUGGGCUUGAGAUUUAUUUGUUACCUUGGUCACUCUCUUUUGGUGAUGAUCGCAUACCAGUUAGCUCAUCUUUAUCUCAUUUUGUUCUUACUUAAUUUCCUGUGGACUAACUUUUCUUAGGUCAUGCAAACACCAAGCAGUCGUGCAUCUGUCAGACAGGGACGGGAAGGUAGACAUGCAGGUGUUCAGGGCAGCCAGUCAUGGUGCUGGUCUACAAGGCUGCAGUGGUACAGUACAAGCCCUGAUCUCUGUCUCAUCCAUGCUUCUGUGAAUACAAAGCCUAUAAACUCCCUGGUGUGGCACAGCCUAGUGCUGCUGGGACUGUGGCCAGCCAGAUGGUAGCUCUCCUGCGUCCUAGUGCACACGCUCAGAGACUGAGCUCUCUAGCAUGGGAAAAUGAAGCCUAUGUUCAACUGACCUGAAAUAUAAAAGGGACAGUGUGGCUCUCUUGCAGUUUUUUUUUUUUUUUUUUUUUUUUCAUUUUAGAGAUGCCACAGCUGCACCUUGUUUUUUUUGCUAAUUUUCUGAAUUAGCUGAGCGCUUUUUAUUUGAUAACCGGUUUUGUUUUUUUUGUCCCCUCUUGUUCUCUUCCCUUGCCAUUGUUCAGUAUUUGUAUUUUUGUUUAUUAUAGAAAAGGGUUCCAGCAAACCAAAGACAGAGCGUAAGAGUGUCCCUUUAAGCCGCUGAAAACCAAGCCAGUAUAAAAGGCAAAGCUGGAGUUUUUUUUUUUCAUUGUACAUUUUUGAUGAAAGAAAGCAAAGAUUUUGUGGGGGGAAAAAAAGAACAAUGGACAAAGGAAGUGAUUUUAAACACUUUGGAGUUGGCAGCGUGCUUCAUGUUGUGCUUUUUGCUGAUAUGCUCGAUGACCGAGGUAUGAAACGAUUAUUCUGUGUCCCCAUUCCCUUCUGUUACCACUGUGUCACAAUGUCUCUAGCUCUUGUCCUCGUGAUCUGUUUCCUCCCUCCGUGCUUGUGUCAUACUUCGACUCCCCCAGCCAACCCUAUUUUGUCGACUUCUAUUGACCGAUACAGUUCACCAUAGGAAUAUGGUGGGAGCCCCUUUCCCAGGAUGCUUGUUAUGUGUUUGAGUAACUUAUUGUGGUGACAAUAUUUUCUAAAUUUAAAAAAAAAAAAAAAAAAGAAUACUGUGGACUUUUAGGUGGCUUAACAUUUUAUAGGACACGUCAUAUUUGUAAAAGUGAAAAAAAAAAAAGAGACAAAAACAUACAAAAAUGAACAUCUUCCCUUUCUUGCACAGGGCAUGUACAAACACAAAUAUGUACAAAAAGGACCCUUUUUGUGGGCUAUGUACUCUUCCCUUCAGCUACAUAACUUCUUUCUGGUACAUGCUUCUGGGAAACUUUAUUUUCUUGGUUUCCCCUGGAGGUGGUUUGUAUAAGGUGAACCUAUCUGUUGCAUGGGAGAAAGCAGGGAAAUUCUGGUCUAGGGCUGCAUGAUGUAGGCUAUGUGUAUUAACCCAUGUUGGAUCAUGUGUUCCAAACUACCAGGCUAAAUCUGAUAUAAAAAAACAACAUACACAGACGGACAUUGUGGCUGUCUGAUAACUUCCAGUUGUUUAUUAUUUGUUGUAUACACAAAAAUGCACUGAAUAAAAUGUUUAUAUUAAGAUAUACUUUUAAAA